UUACUGCAAUUCCAAUGUGAUGGUAUAUAAACGCUCGAAUCGUGAUCAAAAAAAUCAGUCUUCACCUUUUCCCAAUUCUAGUCAAGAUCAGAGUAUAUUCCGAAAUAUAACUUCUGCGCGCGUAAAAGUUUCGCGUCGACGAACAUCAUGCGAAUGUUCGUCGCAAUAGCAGCCCUAGUGGCAGUCGCUAGUGCCGCACAACUUCCGCACAGUAUCGCAGACAUAACCGGAAAUUACUAUCAUGAACAGGAAGUAUAUGAACCACAAGGUUAUUUCUAUCCAAAGCCAAAAAAUCCCUAUUUACCACCAACAACAACAAGAAGACCAAUUACUACAACUACUAGGAGACCCACAACAACUACUAGGAGACCCACAACAACUACUAGGAGAAUUGAAAGUACCUAUUUACCACCGUCAACUACUACAGCAAGGCCAAUAACUACUAGAAGAAUUACUACCACUACUAGAAGACCCACAACAACUACUAGGAGAAUUGAGAGUACCUACUUGCCACCUGUUACUACGACCACUACUAGGAGACCCACAACUACUACUAGGCGAAUUGAGAGUACCUACUUGCCACCUGUUACUACGACCACUACUAGGAGACCCACAACUACUACUAGGCGAAUUGAGAGUACCUACUUGCCACCUAGUACUACCACUCCAAAACCAGUUACUAAGCAGAUUUAUGUACCACCUUCCUAUUUGCCUCCUGAAACUACCAGGAGACCUACUACUACAACUAGGAGGCCUACUACUACUACUAGGAGACCUACUACUACUACUACAAGAAGGCCAACAACUGCAAGGUUAAUAGAAAGCAGUUACUUGCCUCCUGUUACUACGACCACUACUAGGAGACCCACAACUACUACUAGGAGAAUUGAGAGUACCUACUUGCCUCCUGUUACUACUACUAGAAGACCUACUACUACUAGGCGAAUUGAGAGUACCUACUUACCACCCAGUACUACCACUCCAAAGCCAGUUACUAAGCAGAUUUAUGUACCACCUACCUAUUUGCCUCCAGAAACUACCAGGAGACCUACUACUACAACUAGGAGACCUACUACUACUACUAGAAGACCAACUACUACUACUACAAGAAGGCCAACAACCGCAAGGUUAAUUGAAAGCAGCUACUUGCCUCCUGUUACUACGACCACUACUAGGAGACCCACAACUACUACUGGGAGACCUACAACUACUACUAGGAGAAUUGAGAGCACCUACUUGCCACCUAGUACAACUACUACAACUCCGAGACCAAUUACAAAAAAACUGGAACCCACUUAUCUACCUCCUGUAACUACUAGAAAACCUACUACUACAACUACAAGGCGACCUACUACCACUACUAAGAGACCCACAACAACUGUGAGAGCAACCAAUGCCUAUUUACCGCCUGUUGAAGAAACCAAAAUCGAAAAUGUCUAUCAUACACCUGAUAAUUCCUACUUGGCACCACCUAGUAGUGAAUUGAGAAUUGACAACGUCUAUUUGGCAUCGGAAGCAAGUGAAAAAAUUGAAAAUACAGUCUCUGCCAUCGGGACAAGUGAUAUUGUCCUUUUAAAGGAGAAAUUACACGACAAUAAUGGUUUAGAUGGUUAUCAAUAUAGUUAUGUAUUAUCAGAUGGACAAAAGAAAGAAGAAACAGCAGAAUUAAUUAAUCAAGGUGAGGAGAAUGAGACUGUUGCUGUACGUGGUAGUUAUACAUGGAUUGAUCCAACUACAAAUCAAGAAUACACUGUCAAUUAUGUGGCUGAUGAAAAUGGAUUCCAAGCCGAAGGAGAUCAUUUACCUCGUGUUUAAAUUGUAUAUUCAGUGUUUUUUUUUUUUUUGUUUUUUUUUAAGAAAAAAAGAAGAAGAAAGCGAGAAAAUAAAAAAAAAAUAAAAAACAUAUUUCCCUUUUA